GCCAGACACUCAAACUAGCAAACCACGUCGGAGGACGUCUCAAUCCACAAGUGUUCAGCAGAGAGGAGAGAGCUGACAAAGUCGAGUCUGUAAACUGUCUUGGUUCCCAUUGGCUGAUGGGGUGGACAGCAUCACUAUGUCUCACAGACUGACCAAGGAGGAGCUCGAUGACCAGUUUGAGCUGUUCUUGAAGGAGUCUGUUUCAGAUGACUCUGACAAGCAGCCCGGCGCUAAAAGCAGUCAGAAAUCAGCCCAGAGAGCAGCUGUGCCUUGGUGGCAAGAUGAGGAACACAGCGGCGGAGGAACGGGGAGAGCAGAGAUGGCCAAAAGCAGAUUUAUCAAAGGCAAAAAGUCUCAUCAUGAGAACAACAAUGUCGUCAGCGUGGAGCCCUUUUCUAGGCCGGUCCCUAAACCUCGCUGCAAAGCUUCUGAUAAACCGGUUCAAUUGGACACGACCCACAAAGAUACAGUCUUGAGCGGUUCCCGAACCGUGGAAAGACACAGAACGCCGUCCGAUGGCGCAGACAGUGUGAGCAGUGAAAAUGUCCCGAGUGUGUCAGGAGAGAGGAGCCCUGAUGAGACCCUCUCUGAUGAGGCUCCACCACCCAGCACUGAUAGUCAUUCCCAAGAUGGACUGCUGGGAUCUGGGAAGACUUUCAGGAAGUCUGUUCGACAGGAGGACAAGGAUCCAGGAGAUGCUGGUUUGAAGGAAGAUGGGCUGAAAGCAGCUGACCUCAGCAGAGACAGUAUUGAGCUAGAGGACUCAGUGAUGGUACCAGCUGCUAACACGACCGGCUUGGACACGAUAGAGGAAGAAGAGGAGAAAGCCAGGUUCUUUGCCCAACUAGAGGCAGGAGCUCUGUCAUCUAUAGAUUACUCCAUUAUGAACAGAGAGCUGGACUUAACAAGUUCUGCCAUCGCUACUAACCUCAGGAGAGCUGAGGAAGUCGUGGGGCAGAGUGAUGAUGAAAGCAAGGCCAGAGUCCCAGAGACGGUCAGAGAGUCUCCAGGAUCUCCUCACUACAGCGAGGACUUUGAGGAAGAGGAGAGUGGAAAAGAGCCGCUGGAGGAGAAGUCUAAAAUGUCUACAAUUCUUGCCAAAGUGUCUCUCCAUGAUUCCCUGGAUGACACCGGUGAAGAGGACGGAAGAAAGGACACAGUAGGGUCUCUGGACAGAGGCCAGUCGUAUGUGCAGAGUGGAGCCUCAGACAUGGAGGCUCUUCAUGAGGCCUACAGACAGAUCCAUGUGGUGGAAGAUUCAGAUAACCAUCAUCACCAUCAUUCCUCUCUGGAAGGGAGGGGGAGGAUCAACAGACCUGCGUCUUCAUCGUCUCCUCCUCAACAUGCCACACAGUCUCUUCAGCCUGCAUCGACCAACGCCUCAGAGCUUCCCACUGCAGAAGAGUUGAUGAGACCCAUCAGGCCAGAGAAGGACCAUAUCAGAGGCUUCACCCUCCAGCCUGUCAGUGCUGUAGUACUUGAGGACCGAGAAAAGACACCCCGCUUCUUCGAAAGGACUUUCCCAGACGUGACGUCUCCACAGUCCUACCUGGAGCGAGCAGAAGAGGCUGGCCCCGAAGCAGGGACCAGCCCCCCGCCCAGCUCCCCAGACCCUGCCAACCUGACGUGGAGCAUCAGACAGGAAGUAGAGAAGCUGAUGCAGGAUCAGAACAAAUGCUCUUCUUCCACCUCCUCUCAAGCUGGCAAAGCUAAGAAACAACAGGCUUCGCACGGAUCCACAGUUCCUCAUUCCUCUACAUCCUUAGUGAGGAAACCCACGGUGGCCCCUGUGAGAGGCAGGAGAGUGGAGGGGAGAGCAGCAGGGACUUCCUGGUCCUCAGGGCUGAGUAGAGCUGCUGCAGCCAAAACCCAGCUUUCUGUUUCCCGUCCUGUGCAGCAUCCACGAGAUAAAGCCAAAAUCACAAAGAGCCAAGAAAGAGAGGACUCAGCAGAGCCAGGUCUGAGGGUGAGCGGUGAGCUGGUGGCGUCUGUUCAGUCCUUAGUGGCUGUCCUCCAGCAGCAGAUCGGCACCAGCAGCCACCAGGACGCCACCGACGCACAGGAAGUCACCAGACUGAUACAUCGUCUUCCAAACAACAGGGAGGAGGACGGCUCCUUGGUGGAGGAGCUGAGAGUCCAGCUGGCUCAGAAAGAGAGGGAGCUGCAGAUGAUGAAGGAAGGCAAAGAGGAGCUCCACUCACUCAGACAGCAGAACUACCUUCUGCAAAGCAAGCUGCGAAGUGCAGAAGAAGCCAGUCAGAAGAAGAGAUGGGCCGAGGCCAGCGACUCUGCUGCAGAGGGAAAGCUCCGGCAGAUUGAUAAAGAAAUAGAAGAGCAGGAGACGCUCAUCAAAGGUUACCAGCAGGAGAAUGAGAAGCUGUGUUUGCAGAUGAAGGCUCAGCAGGUUCAGAGUAAGGCCAACGAGGAGGCCAUGUUUAAUGAGAACCAGAGGCUGCUGAAUGAGCUGGCUUUCACAAGGGAGCAGCUGAAUAAAGCCUCAAGGACUGUGGGAAGUGGGUGCUUAAUGGAUCACACUCAACGCAUUACAGACUUGUUAGCUCAGCUGAAUACAUUCCAGAGGAAUGAGGCCAAGCUGUCUGAGGACUUCCACAUACUGAAGCAAGGAAAGCAGGCUCUGGAGGUAGACCUGCAGCUGAAGAAGAAAGAGAGGGACCUAGCUAAAGCUUGGGCCGUGUCUGCCUCAGGUGACAAGACUUUUGAGAUGCGCGUAUUGGAGGACAAGCACAGAGAAGAAGUGGCGGCCCUGAAGAAGAAGCUGCAGUGGUUUGCUGAGAACCAGGAGCUGCUGGACAGAGAUGCUGGCAGACUGAAGGCUGCUACAGCUGAGAUACACCAGCUCCAAGAGCAGGUAGAGAGGCUGAAACUGGAUGUGGCCAAAAGAAGCAGUGAGCAGCAGAUGAAGAGCAAAGAGAAAACAGUGCACACUAAGAGGAUGCAGGACCUUGAGCGACAGGUGAAGGAGCUGGAGCAGAUACUAAGACGCAGGAACCCAAACUCGCUGCCCGCUCUGAUCUACGCUGCGGCCGCGGCCGGCUGUCAAGAGGACGUGGCCUCCGAGACGUCCCCUCCACCCAGCAGGAUCAGCACCCUGCUGGAGCGCAGGAUCCAGCGUCUGGAGACGGAGCUGGAGGGUCACGAUGAGGAGGCCAAGCGCGGCCUGCGUGCCAUGGAACAACAGUUCCACAGGAUCAAGCUCCGCUACGAGCAGCAGAUCUCCGAGCUGGAGCAGCAGCUGGAACAGAAGCAGCAGCUGGAGCCCGAGACGGCUCGGGCUGGAACACUGGAGGAAGAGCUGCAGCGUGUGGCGGAAAGCCAUCAGGAGAGAGAGAAAUCUCUGCAGGACCAGAUCCAGUGUCUCCAGCAGCAGCUCAAACACACGGUUGGUGCAGGAGCAUCCCAGGCCCAACCCAGUCCAGGCCGACACCAGCGCCAAGCCGAGGCAGCGUUUGGCGCCCGGAUAGAGCGUCUGAACCAAGACCUGGCCUCAAAGACGCGGACCAUUCAGGACCUCUGCCGCACUGUGGAGAGACUGCAGAAGGAGAGGAGGAACGUGAUGUCUGUCCCCAACCCACGAGCAGAACCCCGUCCUACAGAGACGAAGAGACAGCCAGCCUCAGCCAAAACUACUGCAGGAGGAGAAGAAACGUUUCCAGCUGCUCACUGUGAGAAGACCUACCAGCCCACUGUCUUCACAGGCAGUCACAUCUCGGAGGUUCUGCAGGAGAACGAGGCUCUGAAGCAGCGUGUGGAGCGGCUGCAGCUGCACAGUGAGCAUGAGAGGGAGGCGUUAAGGUCGGACGCUGAACGAGCCAAGGAGGAGCUGUGCAGGCUGAAGGGGCACUCUGCAGAGCGGCUGUCCUCCAUGAGAGCAGAGCACCUCAGGGUGCUGGACCAGCUGCGUGCCACCCAUGCCCUGGAACACUCGUCCUCUAAGGUCGCUGAGCUGGCCAAUAAGCUCAACACUCAGGAGAUAACGGUGAAACAUUUGCAAGAGCAGCUGAAAGAGGUGCAGGGAGCUAAAGAUGCUCUGGCAAUAUCCAGGACCCGAGAGGACGCUCUGCAGAAGCAGCUGACCAGACUUCUGAAGGAGCUGAAGGAAGCUAAAGAAGCUCAGAGCCCAGAGGUGAAGCUCCUGUGUGGCCUGGAGAGGAAGAUCCUCAACAUGGAGCUCAGACACCAACACAGAGAGAAAGAGCUGCAGCAGGUGAUCGGGGGCUCACUACAGACGUUAGAGGCCGGUCAGCAGUCAGAGGUGGAGAGCUGGAAGCGUCUGGCUCAGGACAAGAGCAGAGAGUUGGAGGCCUUCCGUCUGGAGCUAGACUCCAUCCUGGACAUCCUGAGACAUCUCCAAAGACAGGGAGUGGUUCUCCCCCACUCCUGACCCCCCCUAGGUCCUGGUCCACAUCAGCAGCUGCUACUUAUUAUUAAAACAUACAAAUAGAAAUAAAGCUUCAAUAUACUCAGAGAGGUUGUUGGGUGUCAGAAACAGAAACAUUUAAAGCCAUGAGUGUGUAAACAAUAGAACACGCAUACUGUACCUCUUUCUGAUUUUUGUGUAUAUUUUGUAGCUGUUAUCUAUUUUUAAUUAAAAUUAUUGUAAGUUAUUUAUGAUGAAGUGAAAAUAAAAGUUGUUUUUUUCAAGUCUAAGAAAUCUUAUUUGUUUGAUAGAAGUUUUUCCGUCAGCCUUGGGGACUCUGUCUCCUCCCCAGGGCACCUCCCAUGUUGAGUUCCUCAGAAUUCUAUUCUUGGGCCAAUCCUGUUUUCACAAUGGAAACUCUUUAAAGCCAUUGUUAGAGUUCAUCACAUUGUACUAUGCUGAGGCGCGUGUGUCCUGGGAGGCGCGCUAUGCUGAACUAGUUCAGCAGGAAAUCCAACAGCAGCACACACG